UCUUUGUUAUUGGUUCUUUGAACCUAAACCCACAAGCAAGUUUGUAUGAGCAAAUUUUCCUUAGCUUGAUGAAAGUAUCUGAAAUCCGACAAUCAACAGGGAUGGGAGAGCCGCCUGUGGUGACCCCUCAUCAGCAGCUAACCGGAGGACGGUGGUGACGGUUGAAGAGCAAGGCUUAUGCCAUGAAGAAGAUCUUCAGCUUCACUAAGAAAAAGAAGCACCCGUCCGGGACCGCCGACAACGCCAGCGCGCUUUUUGAUGGCUAUGAUAACCUGAAGGACAAGGAUCUGGGGAAGAUCCACAAGGCUGCCCUCCAAAACGAUCUGGCCAAGCUGAAGCAGCUGGUGAAGAAGAAUGAUGUCAAUCAGCUCGACAAGGAGAACAGAACUGCCCUUCAUAUCGCCUGUGCCUCGGGCCAUGCUGAAGCGGUGCAGUUCCUCGUUGACAGCAAAGCCAAGCUUGACCUACGAGACAAUCAAAGCAGAUCCGCCUUAAUGAAGGCGGUGCAGGGCCAGCAUGAGGACAUUGUGAAGAUACUGUUGGACAACCGUGCUGAUCCCAACCUCGCGGACAUCAACGGCAACACGGCCCUCCAUCUGGCAGCAAACAUCCCGUCCAUAUCCACCGCCGCGCUGCUGUUGCAGCACGGGGCGGAAAUCAAUGUGCAAAACAAGGUGUAG